UGUAGUGUUGUUGUUUGUCAGAGCGAAGCUGUUGUCAAUAAAAAAAAAACAUUCAUUUCAUUUUAUGAUUUUGCUUACCAUAAUUUCGUUUUAUUCGUGGAGUGCGCGUCUUCGUUGGUCAAGUUCUCGUGAUUUUCAUAAAUAAGAGGUUUUGGGCGAGGUUUUCAAUACUUUCAAAAUGCAGACUUCAGAUGUAAUAUCAUCUUUGUUUUGGUUUAAAAACGACAGUGAUGUGGACGACGAACAAGAACCGCAGAUAUUAGAACAGUUUGUUCAUAAUGUUGAAGAUUUUAGUUCGCAGUAUGGCAGUGAAAUCAGUGUUUCUUAUACUGCUUUUAAUCUACGAGGGCCUCCCUCUAAUUUUCCUGACUACGGCGACUAUCCACAAGCCUUCGUUAUGAGAACCUAUGGCACUUGGUGGGAAGAGGCCCCAUCAGCUCAACAAGAUUAUAUGCCACAGAACGCAAGUUCUAUCACCAGUCAAGAUUUUGUAGAAGUGUCCUUCGAAAAGGCAGUUUACCCACUUGAAGUAUCGAUCUUCGAGACAUACAACCCUGGUGCUCUGGUCCGCAUUUGGGCGUUAGGACCAACAGCCUGGAUGUUGCUGUGGGAAGGGGAACCGGAGUAUGUUGGAGACACGCCUAGGAUAUUCAGCCCUCCGAUACGGCAGCUUAAUGUACCGACACGAAUACUAAGGCUGGAGUUCAACCACAAACUUCUACCCUACUAUACGGAGUUGGAUGCAGUAUUGCUCCGAGGCAAACAGCCCCCGAACUUGGUGAAGAACAUGAGGAACAAUUUCUCAUACUCAUCGCUGUUUUAUAAGAAAACACAGCCCGUGGUUGAAAAAGGUCAGCUGCUGAACAGGAUAAUCGCGUCAAACCUUCAUGAGACUUUGGUACCUCAGAUUGUUGAGCCUCGAAAUCUGAAGCAGAUUGAUACAGGACCACCGCUGGGCGACUUUCAGAGAUUACCCGAUGAAACUAUACUCUGUGUGAUGAAGUACUUGGACAUCCAAUCCUUAUGCCGUUGCGCUCAAGUGAACAGACAUUUCAACCGGCUCGCCUCAGACGCUAUACUGUAUAGAAGCAUAGACCUCAGGCCUUAUUGGCAUUGUGUCCAAUCACAGGUGCUGAUAACACUCUCAAUGCGUUGCAAAUUCCUUCAGAAACUCGAUCUAUCUUGGUGCGGCAGUCAUCGCAUGAUCCAGCCUAAUUACGUAGUCAAUUUCCUGAAAGACAGCGGCGCAGAAUUAACACAUUUGCGCAUGAAUUGCUGCAAAUUUGUUGACAAUACCGUGCUAAGAGCCAUCGUUGACACCUCUACUUGUUUACAAGAGCUAUGCCUCCGAUCAGUAGUAGGCUGUUCAGACUGGAUAUGCCUAUCAGCACUAAAGAGGCUUAAACGCUUGGAUCUAUACAGAACUGAUAUCACCACGUCUGCUGCCGUCGCCAUCAUCAGGUCGAACCCGGGAUUGAGACAUCUUAAUGUUGGUUCAUGCAAAAUGAUAUCAUCAAUGGACGAGGUAGCAAUAGCUCUCGGCGCAAACUGUCCCAAUUUAGUGUCAGUUGACUUCUGGAAGUCUUAUUCUCUAACUCCUAAUGGCAUUAGAGCGCUUGGCAAUUGUAAGAAACUUCAAGAACUUGAUGUUGGCUGGUGCUUACAAGCAGGCGGGUCGGGCGAGUGGCUGGCGUGGCUAGCCGGCGCGGAGCUGCGCAAGCUAUUCCUCGGAGCCCUGCGCGGCGUCUGCGACCGCGACCUCCGGGCUCUGCUGCCGAGAGCUCCUAAGUUGGCGCAGUUAGAUUUGUUAGGAGUGAGGGCUGUUACACCUGAUAUUUGUGACGCGAUCCUGGCGGAAUGCAGGGACCUCAGACUUCUGGAUGUCAGUUUCUGUGAUCAAAUUCAAGAAUCACAGGUAUUAGAAUGGCGCGAGCAGUAUCCCCAUGUAAGCAUAAAGCGAUCCUUCCAGUCAGCUAAUUUGAAUACAGCGCCCAAUCCAUUGUUUUUGGCACCGAGUUUAGAAUAAAAUUAUAAAAAUCCAAUUCCACGGAUAAAUUUAAAUAUCAAAAUAAAAAGUGUUGAAAAUGUCAUGUUGGAUGUAGAAUGACGCCUGGUUUUACCAAUAACCGUCUGAUUAAGGUAAACAACAGUUUAUAUAAUUAUGAACUUUUUCACUGAUAAUAUAAAUGUUAGUUUUUCAUUGUGAAAUUGUCCCGUAAUAUUUAUGUUGAAAGGUGUCAUUUGUUUGUGCAGAAAUAGACAGGCAUUCCAUGCAUAUUGUAAUAUUUUAAAAGACAGAAUACAGUAUGUAUACUACGGAAUACCCUAAAGUUAUUGGCUAAUAGUAUUUUUUGGGAUAGUUGAAGUCUCAGCUAAGAAUAAUAUUGGUACCUAAGCGAUAAUAUAAAAAUGUUAAAUUACAACAGCAGCAGCACUGAACAAACUUAUAUUUCAAUAUAAUGUGAUUAAAACUAUUUACAAAGAAUACGCAAGAAAUAAUAUAAUACAAGCUGUUGAUUUGCAUCCGUGCCAUAUUCAAGGAGGUAAUUAUGCUAAUGAUUCUCGACCCAAAUCAAUAAAAAAAUU